CCACUGUAAAUACGUCUGUAGGUCAUCUAGAAACCGGAUCUUUCCGUAAAUAUAGCGAAGUCCAGAUUAUUUCAAGUCUUAUAAAAAGUACCCACUUUCUUUAUUUCGUGUUCUCACAACAUUACGCAGGAUGUCAACUGAAAAAAUCACUUGUUUAUUAAACUGGCACGCAACUCCAUACCAUCUACCACUGUUUCUGGCUGAAAAGCUCGAUUACUUCUCGGAAGAGGGAAUAAAGGUAGCCAUCCUUGAGCCUAAUAAUCCCUCGGAUGUUACUGAAAUCAUUGGAUCGGGUAAAGUGGACCUUGGUUGCAAAGCUAUGAUUCAUACAAUCGCUGGCAAGGCUAGAGGUUUCCCCAUCAAAUCUAUUGGAACCCUGUUGGACGAGCCUUUUACCGGUGUGGUAUAUCUCAAAUCCAAGAGUGGAAUCACUGCUGAUUUUCAAAGUCUGAGGAACAAGCGUAUAGGCUAUGUUGGCGAAUUUGGCAAAAUUCAGCUGGAUGAACUCACUCGCCAUUACGGUAUGACUCCACAAGACUACAAGGCUGUUCGUGUUGGUAUGAAUGUGACUGGUGCCAUUAUCCGUGGCGAAAUCGACGCGGGUAUUGGCUUAGAAAAUGUUCAAAUGGUGGAAUUGGAAGAGUGGUCUGUCCAGCAAGGACGCAGCCGCGAUGAUGUCCAGAUGCUGCGUAUUGACGAACUCGCGGAAUUGGGCUGCUGCUGCUUCUGUUCUAUUCUGUUUAUUGGAAACGAAGAUUUCAUUCGGGCAAAUCCGGAAAAAGUCAAGGCGUUUAUGAAGGCUGUCAAAAGAGGUAGUGAAUAUAUGUUUCAACAGCCAGCUGACGCUUACGAGUUGUUUGUGGAAAUGAAGCCUUAUAUGAACAGCGACGUCAAUCGCAAAAUUUUUCAACGCUCUUUCCGCUACAUGUCUUAUGACAUGAAGAAUGUUCGAAGAGACUGGGAUAAGGUUACAAAGUACUGCAAGAGACUAGGUAUUGUGGAUGAUGGAUUUGAGCAGAACCAAACCAACGAUUUUCUUACUUGGUCGUUGAACCCGGAAGAUCCUGCUGGGUUCAUCCACCCCACAAUUGAAACUGGCGUUUUGAAUAAGUGCAAAGGUGAUUUGUGCAAGUCUGUCACUAGCGAAAGGGUAAUACCCAUUCAAGAGCAGUUGCAAGAUGGUCGACGCUAGGGGUGCCUGUUACAUCGCCAAAUUUGGUGCUGUACAUGGCUGAGAUCAUACUCUCAAUACCUGAUCAGGUUAGGACCUGCGAA